AUGAAGGUUAUUGUUUUAUUAGCUUCUUUUGCACUGACAUACUCUCAAUAUUUGGCUCCAAAUAACUAUGGCGACCUAGCACAGCCAACUCCAUACCAAUUCAGCUACAGCUCCCCCUCUAUUGGAGGUGCCAGCUCCCACCAAGAAUCCGGGGACGGGUCCGGCAGGGUGACCGGAUCUUACAGCGUCCAAGACGAAGACGGGCGUUCCAGGAUAGUGGAAUACGUUGCCGACGAGUACGGAUUCCGUGCCUCCAUAAACACCAACGAGCCCGGUACAGCUAGUCAAAACCCUGCUGACGUCACAAUAAAUUCCAGUGCUGAUGAUGGUCUUGGAGAGCCUUCUUUUCGUAUGUCAUGUCCGGUGAUAACAAUUUUUGUAUUUACAGGCGGAAGCAAUGUUGUGUAUCCAAGGUCGGGACCACAAGUCGUGCCUGUAGCAGCAGGUUACCCCUACCAACCUACCUACGGUGGUUUACCGAUUUUACAAUAA